AUGGCUUCUGCGGCUUCUGCUCCCGCGCCUCGCACUGAGGAGCCUGAGUACGAGAACGACGGCCGAUAUGAAGGUUGGGGGAUGGCCAUUGACGACGAGUACUACGACGAGUACGAUGAGAGCAGCUGGGGCACGUUCUGGGACCAGUGGGACAAGGACGGUGAGGAGGGCAAGUACGAGAAGAAGGACGCAGACGACGGCCCCUCCGAGGACUCCCAGAUGUUCUGGGCGCACUUCUUCAAGGGCGAGAAGCAGGACAAGGACGAGGACGAGACGGUCGAGAGUUGGGGUGCGUCCUGGGAGUCUUGGGACAAGUGGGGCGACUGGGAGAAGGACGGCAAGUGCACGUCUUGGGAGUACAGGGGCGGGGACAACUGGAACAAGUGGGGCGACUGGGAGAAGGGCGGCAAGUGCGCUAGCUGGUGGGCCGCGUCUUGGGAGUACUGGGACUGGGGCAACUGGAACAAGUGGGGCGAUGCUUGCCAGGAUGACAAGCUCGUGAGCGCGCUAGCAAGCCCUGACCUGAUCUCCAUGGGCGACCCGGAUGCGUGUGAGCGUGCACUGCAGCGUGCACUUCGCAUGCAAGCUGAGGCGGAGGGGGAGAAGGCGGCCUCGCUCCGCCAGCUGGCCCAGCGGCUCGCUGACCUCGACCAACUGGCCGAUCCUUCGACGCUGACGCCGCUGCCUUCGCCUGGUCGCAACGUGACGCCUGAGAGCGCGAAGCGCCCGCCCAAGAGGGCGCGGGGCGUCGGCGCGAGCAGCGCGGGUGGCGCGUGA